AUUGGCAGAUAGUCGUGUAAACAUUCCCGGUCAAUGAAUCAUGCAGGUGUGGGACUACAUUACACCUAACCAUUCAGGUGUGGAGUUGUGUGCUGCAUUUUUCACUAACACGCAUCAGUGAUCAAGAUAUAUUUCAUUGCAACUGGUUAUUCUUCAUCUAAAUGUGCUACCAUGGAGUCACUAGAUAUCCAGCAUGUCAGAAGGAAGACUGUUCAUGUAGCUGAACCUUACUUUGGUGUGAAUUCCAUGAGUGUUCAACUGAUAUACAGACAAUUUCUUGCUGCAACCUUUAUGAUGGGGCUGUUCCUGUGUUCAUUUGCUGAAGGCUCUGAAGAUAAUGUCAAGUGCAACAAUCUCCAAAUAGGACAGUAUGUGUGUGAGGAUCCAGUCAUAGACCCAGAGACACAAGCUGCAGUCAACUGUCUUCCAGAGAGGCUAGUCACAGUUAGCUGCAUGCCAGUGGCUGGUACCCAAUGUGAUGGGGAGAUUUACAAUGGCUCGACAGUUGCACCAGAUUUAAAGAGAAUGGUUCCCUGUCGAUACACGACUGGUUACUCCUACAAUACUUCGCUGCUGUUGUCCAUAUUCCUGGGCAUGUUUGGUGUAGAUCGUCUGUAUCUAGGCUAUCCUGCCCUAGCUCUACUCAAGUUCUGUACUGUGGGUCUUCUCUUCAUUGGCCAUUUCCUAGAUGUCAUACUUAUAGCUUUGCAGGUUGUAGGCCCGGCUGAUGGCUCAGAUUACAUCCUUGAUUAUUAUGGACCUGUGCUUCAGAAAUCAAAUCUGGACAAUUAUACAUAUUACAUGCCUAACACUGACUGAACCGUGCCAACAUGUCAAGGAAACUAGCCAAGGAUGGCAUGGAAACUGCAUCGUCUUAUUUUCAAGACUCCUCCAUAUGGUGAUGUUCCCUCUGUGUUUGGGAUGUGAAAAAAAACUUCCAACAGGACAGAGAAUGAUAAGAGAUAUUUGUGAAAAAAAGAAGACACGCUUUUGAGUUUUCAAGGUAAUAAACUUCAGAACAAUACAAUGGAGGAUAAGAUCUUCAGUUGGGGAAUAACAUUGAAGAGGGCCCUGUGUGGACAACAAGGACAAUUUUGUCUGAAGAUGAGAACAUCUGAACUUCAGCUUAGCCCAUGAGCCACGAUAGAUUGGAAUCUUUGUCAUAGAACUUGAUGACAUUGUGAUCUUGAUAUAGGCAUGAUCAGCAAUGAACAAAGGAUUGAGUGACAUGAGUAGGAGUUGAACCCAUUUUGCUGCAGUGAAACCAAUGAAAGUGCUACCUGUGAAACCAUGACCUCCACACAGUGACAGACUGGGGCUCAGUCAUAUCCACA